UUCCAAAUUGUUUUCGAUGAUAAGAAAUAUUGAAUUGAAUUAUCAAGUAACAAUAUUGUAAACAAAACGAAUAUCUUUUUCAAAGCUUUUAAAUCAAUUUAGAAAAUAUUAUAUUUGUUGAAAAUGUCCAAUAUUGAUUCUGAAUCUAUUGUUAAUGAGAUACAAUCCAAUCUGCAAACUAGUGAUAUAAAUGAUGAAGACGAUUAUAUUGGACCACCAGUACCUGAUGAAAUAAAAAUACCAACUAAUAAUGUACAAAAUCUUUCUGUGAAUGAAAGUGAUAAGAAAAAAGAAGCUGAAAAGUUAAUUUGUUUGAAAGAUGAUUCUGAUGAAGACGAUGAAAGUGAUGAUGAUGAUGAUAAUGACGAUGAUAGUUCAAAACAAAUUAAAAUCCCUAUAGAAAGUCAAGUGUCUUUAAAUCAUGGCACUAAAGCAGUCACUGCACUUUGUAUUGAUCCUCCUGGGGUCAGGUUAGCUAGUGGAUCUGUUGAUUAUGAAGUCAGAUUGUGGGAUUUUGCUGGUAUGGACCAAACAUUACGGAGUUUCCGUACUUUAAAUCCUUGUGGUAAUCAUCCAAUUAAGUGUGUAAAAUAUUCACCCACUGGAGAUCGACUUUUAGUUAUUUCUGGUAUGUCUCAAGCUAAAGUAUUAGAUAGAGAUGGUCAUGAAUUAUGGGAAUGUGUCAAAGGUGACCAGUACAUAUCAGACAUGGUGCGUACCAAGGGUCAUACAUCUCCAUUGACUUGUGGUUCCUGGCAUCCAAGAAAUAAAGAAGAAUUUUUAACUAGUUCAGAAGAUGGAUCUUGUCGUAUUUGGGACAUGACCAAAAAAGAUAAACACAAAAGUAUUAUAAAAUGUAGGGCCAAGAAUGGUCUAAGAACAAUACCAACCACUUGUAGUUAUAGUAAUGAUGGAAAAUUAGUUGCUUGUGCAUGUAGAGAUGGAUCAAUUCUUGUUUGGGAUACAAGGAAACCAAGCUUUGUAAAUGCCACACUUACGAUACGAGAUGGCCAUUUGAAUAAUUCUGAUACUUCUUCUAUUGUGUUUUCUUAUCGAGAUACUUUAAUUUGUACUCGAGGUGAAGGUAUUGAUGAAACCUUAAAACUCUGGGAUAUAAGAAAUUUCAAAAAGCCUAUACAUAUUGUUGAUGGACUUUACUCUAGGUAUUCUUCAACAGAUUGUUGUUUUAGCCCUGAUGAUUCUAUAGUAGUGACUGGUCAUUCAGUACGUCCAAAAGAAUCGGGAGGACAUUUAAUGUUUUAUAAUACCAAUACAUUUGAACUUCUUGAAAAAGUUAAAGUUUCUGAAACACAUUCCAUUAAGGUGUAUUGGCACCCAAAGCUUAAGCAGUUAUUUGCAGGCUGUGGUGAUGGAACAGUUAAAGUAUUUUAUGAUAAAGGCGAUAGUCAAAGAGGUGCAAUGUUAUGUGCUUCAAAAGCUCAUACUAAGACUAAGCAAAUGGAAAUGGUACCAACACAACAAAUCAUAACACCACACGCUUUGCCUAUGUUCAGACAAGAUAGAAAUAAAUCAUUAAAGAAACGAAAUGACAAAGACCGAUUGGAUCCAGUUAAAUCUAAAAGACCAGAUUUACCAAUCAAGUCAGGACAGGGUGGUCGUGUUGCUGCAUCUGGUAGCACUCUAAGCUCAUAUGUUAUUCGUAAUUUGGGAUUAAGUAAACGAGUAGAAGAUGAUCAGGACCCACGAGAAGCAAUUUUAAAAUAUGCUAAAGAUGCAGCUGAUAAUCCAUAUUGGAUUACUCCUGCUUAUGCUAAAACACAACCUAAAAAUGUCCUUGAGAAAUCAGAAGAUGAACCACAAGAAAAGAAAAUUAAAUUUGCAAUUGGACAACCCUUUAAACAGUAAUUUUUGUUUGUAUAUUGGAUCUAUGUAUUAUGGGUUUAGAUGAAGUCAAAUUUCAAAUAAAAAUUGUAUUAUAUAUAUACACUACAGUAUAACAUUUA